AUGUCGCGUAGUUGUGGUGCGGGUUUUAGGCAUUGGCGUGAGCGCAAAAAGUCUCUCACGCCCUGGCUUAUUGGGCUUCGAAAUCCUGAACUGGUUAGAGAAUUGGUUGAUGUCAUACCCUUCAUUUAUUUAUGCUGCAAGCUAUCUGUUUGUGAACAGUCUUGGGCAGCUCAGCCUGAAAAUCCAAAGGCAGUGGUAGUGAAGACUAGUGAUUUCCUGAGAUUAUGUGAUGGCCAAUUUUGGAUUGAACUUUUGUUAGAUGGAAGUAUUAAGGAACGAUUGGUUUGUGGGUGGGAUUGUUUCGUUGCUCAUGCAAAUGAAGUAAAGUUUGUUAAGGAAACGCAUUGCCUUGCAGAAGCCUUCGGUUCAAUCCCAUGCAUAAUGACCUGCAAGGAAGAUCUUCUUGUGCAACCCUCCGCCUCGUAUGAAUGUUUUGAUUUGGUGACUUACUAUUCCCUUGUUUACAGCCUCUCUGACACUCUUGAUUUCCGAGAUUACUCCUCUGGAGGUGAUAAUGAAAUGAAUGGUCCAAGUAGUACACAUUCCUGUGGCAAUGCUUCUGUAACAUGCGCUAUGGAGGAGAAACAAUUGAACACCGGUAAUGGUGCGGACGUGGGAAGGCAGGAUGUUUUCCAAACAGUAGAUCAGUGGGUUCCUACACAAAAUGCCAGUGAUGAAAGUUUGGCUGGAUUUGCGGAAGUGGAAACGCAUGGAUGUAUGGAUUUUUCGUGUGCCCACGAGAAUGCGUUGAUCCUCAUCGGCGCAAGCGCCCAGUCGACUGGCGCUCCACAACGAGGUAAGGACGUCAGUGGAAACAGGACGUUAACAAAUAAUGACGCUCUGGGAGCUGAAGGGGAUCUUAGUUACCUCUUGCGCAUUUCUCCCACCCCACCUGUAAAGGCAAUUUCCAACAGCGACAUUCCGUUGUUCUCUGGAGACACUCCACCCCUUCUGAAUAGUUCAAAUCCAGGCAAUCCGCGCGAUGUGAAUUCGAGUCGUCUUUGCCUUCUUGGCAAUCUCGUGAACGUUCCAGCUGUCGAUCGAUCAAAUGAUAGGGUAAGCUAA